UUAUUUCUCUAUAAGAUUAUUUGUGGGAAACAAAAUGGUAUCUAUUUUGUUAUGAAUGAUUGAUGUUUACUUGAAUUAUAUUACUAAAAAAAUCCUCAUCUAUUCUGUUUUAAUUGUAAAUGCAGUUGGAACACCAAGCAUGCAAGGCCUUUUGUGAGAUGCCUGGAAUCAAUGACAUGUUUGAACCCUUUAAUGAAGAGUUCAUGAAAAUAAAUUCAGAAAGUUUAAAGAAGGGUAUGGCAGAGCAAGAACCAGAGUUGACAGAAUACUUCAAGCAGCCUGAUGAAUAUUUCAUGGUGCGAUUACAUAUGCCUUACUUCCUUCCAAGUUCAAACCAUGCAACUUUUCUUUAUGGUUUUUACCUAAUUUGUUUUAUUUAUCAUUUUGGUUGCAUUAAUUAUGUCAACAUUCAAAUGCGAACCUAAUGGUUUGAUUGAAAGAGGUUUUAGAUAAAUUUAUUUGUUUAUUUAUUUUUUUGGUGUUGAUGGAAAGGGUAUGAACAUUUUGUUUCUAGAAUGCACUCAGUCUCUUUAUCUUUGGAUGAGAUGCUGUACUCUUGGAGGGGAUUUAGCUCUGUUUUGCACUGAUGCUGUUGAUGCUUGGUGUAUACAUUUUGUCUAUGGGAUGUUUGAUAGGUACAUAUAAUGUUUUUAGGUCAUCAAGUAGUUUGCGUGGUUAAAGAGGAAGCUGGAAAGUGUUGCAUGUAUAUGUUUUACAUUGGUGAUUGUGUUCAGUUUCUGUCCUUGUGUAUGGAUGAGAUAAAAAGGUUAUUAGAAUAACAGAUGAUGGGUGUUUGAGGCCAAGCAGCUAGCUCUGGAUUUUUACAGGGUAGUUUGCAGAGUUUCUGUUUACUUUUUUUUUUUUUUUUCUCUUUUUGUUUGGGUGCCUUAGAGGGUUAGUUGCUUGGCAUGUUAGAGAGUUGAACCCUAGGCUUGGCCCCAAAUCAAGGUUUGUUAGUUAGUGGUUACCAACUCAGCCAAGCUCUUGUUGGUGUUCUAUUUACCUUUUGUAAGGUUAAUUUUGUAUAUUGCCAAGAACAAGUUAAUAUAGUUGAAUUUAGUGAUAGUUUUUCUUUGUAAUUAAAGAUUUCUGUUUGAAUUGUAUAUUUGUAGAGUAAAUUCAUUAGAAAAUGGCAAGAACUGUUCAAGAAACUUUUUGAGGAGGGAACUACUGGGAAGUUCAAAGCGGUAUGUUUAAUUUAUUAAAAAAUUAAAAAAUUCUCUCUUUUUUUUUAUAUAUUUUCUCAAUCUAAAUAUAUUCUGAAAGCAUGUCACUGAGCACGUUCAUCUAAAUGUAUUCAGCUAGGUUGUUAGGGGUGGCACUGGAACUAUGUCGCUUAGACAUAGACUAGGUAAAAAUUUCUUUUGUAUAUUAAUUAAAAGUUUUUUAUUUCA